CGCAUGCGCACUGAGGAGAGGCCUAUUCUCUUCCGUUGGCCCUUUCGGAGCGAGCCGGCCUCAGGCGAAGGAGCGGGCAGGAGGAGGCGGCGGCGCGGGGGGCCGGCUGGGUUUUGCCGCCUUGUCCACGUUCCCUGGCCUCUGAACCGCUUCCCGGGGCCAAUAUGAGUUUGUUUGGGUCAACAUCAGGGUUUGGAGCUGGCGGCACCAGCAUGUUUGGCAGCACAGCUGCAGAUAACCACAACCCAAUGAAGGACAUUGAAGUUACCUCUCCUCCUGAUGACAGCAUUGGUUGCUUGGCUUUUAGUCCACCAACAUUGCCGGGUAAUUUCCUUAUUGCAGGAUCGUGGGCAAAUGAUGUUCGUUGUUGGGAAGUCCAGGAUAAUGGGCAGACUAUUCCAAAGGCACAGCAGAUGCACACAGGGCCUGUCUUAGAUGUUUGUUGGAGUGAUGAUGGGAGUAAAGUGUUUACAGCCUCUUGUGAUAAAACUGCCAAGAUGUGGGACCUCAAUAGUAACCAAGCAAUACAGAUUGCACAGCAUGAAGCUCCUGUUAAGACUAUCCAUUGGAUUAAAGCACCAAAUUAUACCUGCGUAAUGACCGGAAGCUGGGAUAAAACACUAAUGUUCUGGGAUACACGAUCACCAACCCCAAUGAUGACGCUGCAGUUGCCCGAGCGGUGUUACUGUGCAGAUGUGGUGUACCCCAUGGCGGCUGUUGCUACUGCGGAGAGGGGUUUGAUAGUUUAUCAGUUAGAGAAUCAGCCAUCGGAGUUUAGAAGGAUAGAAUCUCCACUUAAACAUCAGCAUCGCUGUGUGGCGAUUUUUAAAGACAAAGUGAACAAGCCAACUGGGUUUGCCCUUGGAAGUAUCGAAGGAAGAGUAGCCAUUCACUACAUUAACCCACCGAACCCUGCCAAAGACAACUUCACAUUCAAGUGUCACCGUUCUAAUGGCACAAACACAUCUGCACCUCAGGAUAUCUAUGCUGUAAAUGGAAUUGCUUUUCAUCCCGUCCACGGCACUCUUGCAACCGUAGGAUCUGAUGGUAGAUUCAGCUUUUGGGAUAAGGAUGCCCGGACCAAGCUAAAAACCUCAGAGCAGCUGGACCAGCCAAUAUCUGCCUGCUGCUUCAACCAUAAUGGCAAUAUUUUUGCAUACGCUUCCAGUUACGACUGGUCAAAGGGCCACGAGUUCUACAACCCACAGAAGAAGAACUACAUUUUUCUGCGCAACGCCGCUGAAGAAUUAAAGCCCAGAAACAAGAAGUAGUGAGUAUCAUUCAGACAGUCCUUUGUAGCACUGCCUUUUCGCCUCGUGCCACCAUUUGGUCUCCUCCUGGCUGCCUGUUUUGGAUUGAUAAAUGACUGCUGAGUGGGGACUCUGUGACUGAUAACCAAGCACAUUCUUACAGGCCGGGAAAGGACCUUUUCAAUAACUUUGUUGCGUGCUGCCCGGCGCUGCCUGACGUGGGUGUGAUAGCCCCUUAUCAGACCGAGAAGCACUGCUUGCAUCCUAAGUAACUGCUUGUCAAUAAUAUAUAUAUAUACUUUACAAAUACUUCAGGGAAGAAUUGUGCAUUACAGUCUCUGUGGGCAAACAGUUUUAUCUUUGCUUGAUAGUCCCGCCAGAGAUGGAGAGAGAACUUGAAGGGGGCUUUGUUUGUUUGUUUCACAAAAAAAUAAGUUUUAUUUUUACCUACCAGCCGUUUAGAAGCAGCAAUGUGUCCUUAAUUUUUUUUUGGUUGUGUUUUUUUACACAGCGUUUUCACUCACGUGAGUGUACUGGGGGCAGAGAUCCCAGAUAGAGACCAAGUAGACAUUUAUAAUGAUGCAUUCCAGUCAAUUCUGAUUUUUUACUGUUGCUUCCCCCUUAACUUGGAAUGCAAAGGGGGUAUUGUUUGGAGAUGUGGGUGAACCACUAGAAGCAUAGGAAAUCCUUUGCAGUCUUGUCUCAACAGCAGCAGUGUCCUUAAAACGAUUCCAUGAUCCCAGCCUUGAGGACUUGGUGUCUUCUGAGUCCUGCUGUCCAUUUCCUCAGGCCCUGCUAUAUGGGCCACUGAGCAUGCAAAGCAAAAGCUACUGUCUGUGCCUGUGGGAUCAAGACAAGGGAAUGACCAAUACUGUAGCUUCAAUAAUGUUUGAUGUGAAUGUGCCACAUAAUGCAAAUGCUAUGGUGACCCCUUUUAUCCCCAUCAGAGCUGCCCUUGCAGCAGCAGAGCCUUUUUUUCCCCUAGCGCUGCUGCACCAGUUUCAAUAUAUUAAGACAGGCAAACAUCCGCAGAUGACCAAUGUAGAAAUUGCGUGGAGGCUUUUGUAACGUUCCGCUAGACCAGGUUGUUUUCAUCAGAAAUGCCAAACGAUUGUCUUUAAAAACGGGUGCCUAUUUGUGUUCAUGGAGAGUAGAAGGAAAAACUGAGGAGGGCCAGAAUUUGUAUACCAAGAUGGUUUUUGCUGUUCAAAAUCUCUGUAAAACCCAUAUGUUGUACAAGUCGCUGCAAAUGAAAUAAAACUGUUUAUUAAAUGCUUUUUUGCAUGUAAAAA